CAUAGCGCGACACCUCCUCCUCCUCCCCCCACAGUCUAGCUGGGAAGAAAAAAAACUUUUUUUUGUAUCGGAGGAAUCAACAGCCGCCAUCUUGACGCGGCUCAGAAUCGGGAUUUCUGGGGGAGCAUUAAUUUUAAAAACCGAUCGGAGCCACUCAGACCGGACUCAAACGGCUUUUUUCGUGUAGAAAAUCGAAGUGUUAGUUCUUCCGAUGAGAAUUAAUGCAAACAUGUGAGGAUUACGUGGGUUUUUAUCGUCUCGAAAGCCCACUGUAUAUUUGAUUUCCCUUUUAGAGAGCACCGCUUCUCGCCGUAUCUCCGUCCCGAGACGCUGUAUUUAUCGGGAGACAGCGACGACAAAAAUAAUCCACCUCAUAGAAAAUAUUUUUUGAAUUUUGCUCUUUUUAUUUAAGACCGAGAUAGAUUUUAUGGCCGCUCGUUUCGACUGCGAAAAAAAUGAUUCUGUACAGACGUGAAACCGGCGAUCUGCGGAGAAGGGAUUUGCUUACGCCUUGUGUAAUAUUUUAUGAUUGAGUUUUAUUUAUUUUUCUCGAACUGAAAUAAUUUUUGGACGUAAUUAUUGAGGAUAAUUAUGUGGGUGUUGGGUGUUGGAUUAUCAUGGGGUGAUCUUCGGCGGCGAAGCGUGGCGCUGUUGCCCUUCUUUUGAAACCUUUUUCUCCAGGCAGCAUUUCGCCAGUCUGCCAGUCAAAAAAAAAAAAAAACAAACAGUUGAAUUGCUCCUUUACGCAUAACGUUAGGAAAAGUUACCAGUUAUUACGAGGCAGAGGCCGACAAGUUGGACUGAUCCUGCUGUUAUUUUCCUGCAUCAUCCAUUCAUAAAAUUUGCCGACCAGGAUGGCUGAUAAUCUGCUGGAUGUUGGACCCUCCACUGCAAAGCGACCCAAGCUGAAUUCACCCCUCUCUGGAUCAGAUGGCCCAGAUCUUGUGUCUCUGUUUGACCUGGAAAAUGACCUUCCAGAUGAGCUCAUCCCCAAUGGAGACUUGGGAAUGGGAAUGUCCUCUAACGGUGGUGGAGGUCCUGGUCUCAACUCCAUGGUCCCUGAUGCAGCUGCAAAACACAAGCAGCUGUCUGAGCUCCUGCGUCCAGGAAGCUCCUCCAUCUUGGGAGGUAGUCUCAACUCUGCCAGCCCCCAGCAGGGAGGCAUGGUGGGAAGCCAGCUAGGUGCUGUGCUUGGUAAAAGUCCACUGGGGCAGGGCUCUCCCAAUCACCAGUCUCCCCAGGUCCAGAAAGGAGGAGCAACUGCUGGACAAGGCAAUGGAAUCACAGGCAUGGGCUUCAACCAGGCCAUGUUGAACAGUGGGCAGGGCCAUGGGGUCAUGGGCCAGACAGGACAAGUGAUGAACGGGGCUCUGGGACCGGCAGGCAGGGGUAGACCUGGGCCUGGCAUGCAGUACCAGGGCCAAGGAAUGCAGGGGGCACAAGUGGGUGGUGGAGGCAGUGUGCUGGCAGAGACACUCACCCAAGGAGGGCCACAGUUGGGUGCACACAACACACUGAAUGCUCAGCAAGCUGGAAACAUGAAUAAGAUGGGGAUGUCAGGAGCUCCAUUUGGCCAGCAGUAUGGUCAGACUGGGGUGCAGCAGAUGGGGGCAGCGGGUGUCAACGCCCAACAACUCCAGAACAAGACAGCCCUUUCCAACAACCUGCCCCAAUUCCCUGCUGAGCUGAAGGGAGCUGGGAGUGUGCCAAACAUGUCCCAGAUGCAGCAGCAGGUACCGUCGGUGGGCAUGGUCCCUGGGGCUGGUGGUGUGUCGGCGGGCCCAACGGCCGACCCCGAGAAGCGCAAACUCAUUCAGCAGCAGCUGGUCCUGUUGCUUCACGCGCAUAAGUGCCAGCGGCGGGAGCAGGCUAACGGGGAGGUGAGGGCCUGCACCCUGCCCCACUGCCGCACCAUGAAGAACGUCCUCAACCACAUGACCCACUGCCAGGCUGGCAAGUCCUGCCAGGUGGCUCACUGUGCAUCAUCCAGACAGAUCAUCUCCCACUGGAAGAACUGUACGCGGCACGACUGUCCGGUCUGCCUGCCUUUGAAAAAUGCUAGUGACAAGAGAAACCAGCAACCCAUGCUAAGUUCCCCAGGGGCUGGCCUGCAGAACGCCAUCAGUACAGUGGGGUCUGGUCAGCCCAGUGCCACAGCCAUCAACAGUGCUGCCACGCACAUCGACCCCAGCUCCAUGCAGAGGGCCUAUGCUGCCCUUGGCCUGCCGUAUGGGAACCAGUCCCCAGCUCAGGGCCCAGGUCCCGCUCAGCAAAGCUCCCAGCACCAGCAGCUGCGAAACAUGAACCCACUAGGCACUAAUCAGAUGAACCCGAUGGCAGGUGGCAUGGGUGUCCCUUCAGACCAGGCUGGCAUGCAUUCCGACUCUUCUCUACCAUCCACACUCAACAAUCAGCUGAUGCCAGAUGGGUCAGUAGCGGGAGGCAUGGGAAACCUGCCCACUGCCACCCCUCUCUCUGCUACGGGGGUAAGGAAGGCCUGGCAUGAACACGUCACUCAGGACCUGCGCACCCACCUGGUGCACAAACUUGUACAAGCCAUAUUCCCCACCCCAGACCCCGCAGCACUGAAGGACCGGCGAAUGGAGAACCUGGUGGCAUAUGCACGCAAGGUUGAGGGUGACAUGUACGAGUCAGCUAAUAGCAGGGAUGAGUAUUACCACUUCCUGGCAGAGAAAAUCUACAAAAUCCAGAAGGAACUUGAGGAGAAGAGGCGCUCACGGCUCCAGAAACAGCCGGGCAUGGUGGGCACACCUGGGCCUCAACAACCUGGUAUGGCUCAGCCCAAUGCCAUGGGCCCAGGACAGGCCGUCCGACCUCCCAAUGGACCUGUGCCUAUGCCCAACAUGCCAAAUCAGAUAAUGAACCGUAUGCAGGUGCCCCACGGAAUCAAUCAGUUUAACCCAAUGGCAAUGCAGAAUGCACAGAUGUCUCAGGCACCCAUGGGAGCACGUGCUCCCUCCCCCAUGAACCAUCCACAGCAGAUGAACAUGAGCUCCAUCCCAGCGAUGGGCAUGUCCCCGUCAAGGAUGCCUCAGACUCAAGGAAUGAUGGGUAGUCAUGCUAGUAACAUGGUAGCUCAGCCAGCCAACCAGGGCCAGUUCCUGCCACAGAGCCAAUUCACUGCAGGUGGAGCGAUGAAUGUAGGCUUGGGCCAGCCCAUAACACAGGCUGCUGUCACACAGCAGCCGCAGAACUCUAACCUCCCUCUGAAUGCACUGGGAUCCCUUAGCUCCCAGCUUCCAUGUGGCCCUGCAGCCCAGCCCACCCUGCGUGCCACCCCUCCACCCAAUGCCUCUGCCAGCCUGCAGUCUCAGCAGCUGCAGCAGCAACAGCACCAUGCUUCUGCACAGGCCCAGGUGCCAGCGCAGCCCUCCACCCCUGCCUCCACGGGUGGGCCCUCCUCCACCCCAACCCACGUACCCAGUAGCCUCCCUCGCCCUCCCUCAGCCAUGGGCACACCCCCUGACCCCUCCCAGCCGCUCACACCCCUGCAGCCCCAGACAGAACCCCCCAGUCAGAUGCAGCAGCCCACCUCAGUGCAGGCACAGCACCCCAGCACACCGUUGUCCCAGGCAGCAGCGAGUAUAGAUAACAGAGUGCCCACCCCAGCCUCUGUGGCUGAGCUGAGCUCCCAGCAGGCCCUGCCGGACAUAAGCUGCACUGAAGCCAAACCUGAAGUAAAAGAAGAAGACGACAACUCUGGGAAGAAGCAGAUGGAUGUAAAAAUGGAGGAGGAUGAAACCAAACCCUCUAUGGUGAAGGAGGAGGAGCCAGAUGCAGCAGAGCCAAAGCAGGAACCAAUGGAAACUGAGGAGAAGAAGCCGGAGAUGAAGGCAGAACCCAAAGAAGAGGAGGAAAAUGGGGCUAACAGCACAUCAAUGACAUCCACCACUCAGAACCGCAAAAAAAUUUUCAAACCAGAGGAGCUGAGACAAGCUCUAAUGCCGACACUUGAGUCCCUCUACAGGCAAGACCCAGAGUCACUGCCCUUCAGACAACCUGUAGACCCCAUGCUACUGGGCAUACCUGACUACUUUGAAAUUGUGAAGAAUCCCAUUGACUUAUCCACCAUAAAACGCAAGCUGGAUACGGGUCAGUACCAGGAGCCGUGGCAGUAUGUGGAAGAUGUGUGGCUCAUGUUCAACAAUGCCUGGUUGUACAACCGUAAAACAUCCCGUGUCUACAAGUACUGCACCAAACUGGCAGAAGUGUUUGAAGCAGAGAUUGAUCCCGUCAUGCAGGGCCUGGGCUACUGCUGCGGCAGGAAGUAUGAGUUCUCACCCCAGACGCUGUGUUGCUAUGGCAAACAGUUGUGUACCAUCUCCAGGGAUGGCACCUACUACAGCUACCAGAACAGUUCACCCAAAUAUGGCCUUAUUGCCGACAGGUAUCACUUCUGUGAGAAGUGCUUCAACGAGAUCCAGGGCAACAGUGUGACCCUGGGGGACGAUCCGGCACAGCCACAGACCAUGAUAUCAAAAGAGCAGUUUGAAAAGAAGAAAAAUGACAUGUUGGACGCUGAACCGUUUGUUGAAUGUAAAGACUGUGGACGAAAGAUGCAUCAGAUCUGCGUGCUGCACUACGACGUCAUUUGGCCAUCAGGCUUUAUCUGUGACAACUGUCUGAAGAAGUCUGGCAAAACAAGAAAGGAAAACAAGUUUGCAGCCAAACGGUUGCAGUCUACAAGGUUGGGGACGUAUAUUGAGGACAGAGUGAAUAAGUACUUGAAAAGGCAGAACCACCCAGAGGCCGGUGAGGUGUUUGUGCGAGUGGUGGCCAGCUCUGACAAAUCUGUGGAGAUUAAGCCUGGCAUGAAGUCUAGGUUUGUGGACUCAGGUGAGAUGGUGGAGAGCUUCCCUUACAGAACCAAAGCACUUUUUGCAUUUGAGGAAAUAGAUGGGGUGGACGUUUGUUUCUUUGGCAUGCACGUCCAGGAGUACGGCUCAGAGUGCCCCUUUCCAAAUACCAGACGGGUUUACAUAUCAUACCUCGACAGUAUUCACUUCUUCAAACCACGUUUGCUAAGGACUGCAGUGUACCAUGAGAUCUUAAUAGGCUACCUGGAAUACGUGAAGAAACUGGGGUAUGUGAUGGGUCACAUCUGGGCCUGCCCACCCAGUGAAGGAGAUGACUACAUUUUCCACUGCCACCCUCCUGACCAGAAGAUCCCCAAGCCAAAGAGGCUCCAAGAGUGGUACAGAAAGAUGCUGGAUAAGGCUUUCGCUGAGAGGAUCUUACACGAUUACAAGGACAUUUUCAAGCAGGCAACAGAAGACAGACUGACCAGUGCCCAUGAGCUGCCGUACUUUGAGGGUGACUUUUGGCCUAAUGUACUGGAGGAGAGCAUCAAGGAACUGGAGCAGGAGGAGGAGGAGAGGAAGAAGGAGGAGAACACGGCCUCCUCUGAGACGACAGAGGGAGCCCAAGCUGACAGCAAGACUGCCAAAAAGAAGAAUAACAAGAAAACCAACAAAAACAAGAGCAGCGUCAGCCGAGCCAAUAAGAAAAAGCCUGGGAUGCCGAAUGUAGCCAAUGAUCUGUCCCAGAAGCUCUAUGCCACGAUGGAGAAACAUAAGGAGGUGUUUUUUGUUAUCCACCUCCAUGCUGGGCCAGUCAUUAACACCCUGCCACCCAUCAUGGACCCUGACCCUUUGUUGACCUGUGACCUGAUGGAUGGCCGUGAUGCUUUUCUGACUUUGGCCAGGGACAAGCACUGGGAGUUCAGCUCACUGAGAAGGUGCAAAUGGAGCACGAUGUGUAUGUUGGUAGAGCUGCACAACCAGGGCCAGGACCGCUUUGUGUACACCUGCAACGAGUGCAAGCACCACGUAGAGACUCGCUGGCACUGCACCGUUUGUGAGGACUACGACCUAUGCAUUAACUGCUACAACGCCAAGGGCCAUGAGCACCAGAUGGUGAAGUGGGGGCUGGGUUUAGACGAUGACAGCAACGGUCAGGGUGGAGAGGCCUCCAAGAGCCCUCAGGAGAGCAGACGUCUCAGCAUCCAGCGCUGCAUCCAGUCCCUGGUCCAUGCCUGCCAGUGCCGCAAUGCCAACUGCUCUUUGCCUUCAUGCCAGAAGAUGAAGAGGGUGGUUCAACACACCAAGGGCUGCAAGCGCAAGACCAAUGGUGGCUGCCCUGUGUGCAAGCAACUCAUUGCUUUAUGUUGUUAUCACGCCAAGCACUGUCAGGAGAACAAGUGUCCUGUUCCCUUCUGUCUCAACAUCAAGCACAAACUCCGUCAGCAGCAGCUGCAGCACAGGCUCCAGCAGGCUCAAAUGAUGCGCCGCAGAAUGGCCACCAUGGCUGGAAGGGGUAUGCCCAUGCCAUCUCCACCUACCUCAGCUGCCCCUGACACCCCCAACUCUGUGCAACAGCCUCAUACACCCCAGACCCCCCAGCCCAUGCCCAACCAGCCCCAACAACAGCAGCCACCAAACCCUGCCAGUAUUGCCCAAGGCUUCCCUAACAAUGGCCGCAGCAGCCAGCCCCCAACACCAGUGCCGCAGGGCAAACCAGGGCCUCAGUCAUCCCCUCUCCAUCAGCAGCAGUCCCCUCUGCCUAACAUGCCUCACCAACAGCAGCCUCAGCCCCCACAGCAGCAGCAGCAGCAGCAGCUGGCAGCCCAGAAGGUGGCCAGACAGAUCGAGAUGGCAGCCAAGGCGAAGCAACAACAACAACAGCAGCAGCAGCAGCAACAGCAGCAGCAGCAGAAUUAUGCCAGGAAUGGGAUGCCCAUGAACCACCCACGAAUGAUGGGGCCCAUGCAGGGCCAGAUGCAGAUGCCACGGGGCCCCCAGGUGAUGCAGGCAAUACAGCAGGGCCAGUGGGGUCCAGGGAUGCAGAAUCCCAUGCAGAAUCCCCAGGGUCAUCAGCAACAGGUCCCUCCUCAACAAGGCCCCAUGGCCCCUCAGCAGGCUCAGGGAACCCCCAUGCCCCAGCAGGGCCAGCUCAUGCAGAGGCCCAUGAUGCCCCAGCAACAGGGUCUCCAAAUGCCUGUGGUCAUGCCUCCCCAGGGGCCCUCACAGCAGGGCAUGACACCACAACAGCAAAACAUGCCACGGGGCAUACCUGGUAACAUUGCUCCGAGUGCCCUGCAGGACUUACUGCGGACCCUCAAAUCUCCCAGCUCCCCCCAGCAGCAACAGCAGGUCCUCAACAUCCUCAAGUCUAACCCCCACCUCAUGGCUGCCUUCAUUAAACAGAGGACAGCCAAGUACCAGGCCAACCAGCCGCAGCAACAGCAGCAGGCACAGCAGCAGAACCCUCAGGCGAUGCUGGGGUCCCAGGCAGGAAUGCAGGCCAUGGCAGCCAUGGCAAACCAGGUGCAGAGGCCAGGGAUGGCACCUCAGCAGCAGCCUCCUCAGCAGGCAGGGCCCCAGGGCAUGGCAAACAUGGGUCCCCAAGGCCAGAUGAUGAAUGCUGCUCAAAACGGCAAUCCCCAGCUGUACCGCAGACAGCAGCUGCUCAGGAUGCAGCAGAUGCAGCAGCAGCAGGCACAGCAGCAGCAGGGAGGCAUGCCUCAGGUCCACGGUCAGUUCCCCCAGCAGCAGCCAGGGCCAGCAAGCUACUCCCAGCUCCGUAUGCAGCAGCAAAUGGCUAUGCAAGGAGGUGGGGGGCCCAUGGGACAGCUCCCUCCCACGUCCCAAAUGGGCCAACCUGGCAUGGGCAUGGAUGGGCCCCAGAGCCUCCUCCAGCAGCGCAUGCUUCAGCAGCAACAGCAGCAGCAGAUGUUAAAGCAGCAGAUGGGCUCACCAGCGCAGGCUAACUCCAUGAGUCCACAACCCCACAUGCUCCAAGGCCAAGCCCAGGGAGGAGCUCACUUACCUGGCCAGACAAUGGCAAACACCCUGGGAAACCAAGUACGCUCCCCAGCCCCAGUGCAAUCGCCCCGUCCGCCUUCGCAGCAGCCCCCGCAUUCCAGUCCUUCCCCACGGAUACAGCCCCAGCCCUCACCUCAGCACGGUGCACUCCACUCCAGCUCUCCCCACCCCAGCCUUGGAGGCCCCAUGUCAGGCUCCAUGGAACAGGGACACAUGGGAACACCGGAGCAGAGUGCCAUGCUCCCUCAGCUUAACACACCAAACAGAGGGGGGUUGAGUAAUGACAUGGGUAUGGUGGGUGACACGACGGGAGACACGCUGGAGAAAUUUGUUGAAGGAUUGUAGCAUUUUGUGACAGAAGAAAGGCCUUGUUCUGUGUUCAGCUGAGAAAUUUUUGUACUUGCUGAUGUAAAAAGCUAAAAGAAAUACAAACAAAUGAGUCAUAUGAGGCCUACAGACUGUGAACUUUCCUUAAACCAAGGGACUGCUUUUUCUUCCAACACACAGAGUGAUUUAAUAAUUGCUGUUGAAAAGAAGACAACAGAGACGCAAAGAAUAUAUUUUUGGUUCAGACCAGCCAUGCAAGAAUUUGCCCUGGUCUUUGUGUUGUUUUAAGUUGUUUUUCAUUUGUUAUGCUCUGGUAUUGACUUUUUUAACAAAACUUCUCAAAACAAAAAAAUAUUUCAUUUUAUUAUUCAAUUUUUUUUAUUUUGUACCUUUGCAAAUUAAUAUCGUAUUUGUGUUGAGAAGACUGUAAAAUUAUUUGUCUGGGAAUUUUUUGCCAGGUUUCACCUCUUGCUCAGUGUCUCUGUUCCUGGCUAAUUUAUUCUAAUAUGCCAUUUUUCGAAAGGACUGCCUUUGGGGAAAGCCUUAAUUUCUUUCCUGUUUGCAGAGUCUAUUGGAGAUUAAUGUAUUUGUAUAGAUCUAGGAACUCUUGCACACACCCAAACACAAAAGGCAGGUGUAAGAGAAGCCUGCAUUGAAGCUUGUUAAUGUUCACAGGUGCCGGAAUGUUCUUUUUACUGGCUUGGGCCCAGAAAUUGUCUUGCAGAUGUUUAAAAAAUUGCUUAGUCUCUCCCUCAGUCUAAAGAAAUUCUCAUUAAGUCCUGAACCUCUUUUGCCUGUGGUGGGAAAUUAACUUGUUUGACUGCUGAUUUGUGUUCAGAGAGUUUUGUGCAUCAUUUUCUCUCUUGCAUUAAACUUGAAUUGAUGAUGAACUGUUCUCUAAUGUAAAUCAUGCAGCUAGACAGUACUGUAAAUAUGCAGAAAAUUAGAAUGAAAUCACUGUACAAACUGGUUCAAAUGGCUCAUUUCGUACUUAUAUACCAUAUUGUUAAAUAAACCUGUGUGCCACA